GAGAGGCUCGCGAGUCAAAAUAACGUCAUUGCUGCUUCGGUGCCACUGCUGCAAUGAUGGGAGCAGUGAGACGCCUUUUACUGGCCUUAGCUGCCCUGGCCAGCGUCGCCGCAGCCAAUCCUGUGACGACCAAAGAGGCUGAAUACGCGGCUGCGCUAGAGAGCGCCUCGUGUGGAGACAGCGCAGAAAUCUUGAUCGCUGUCGGCGACGUCGUGCAGUUCGACACGCGCCACCUGCUGGAUGAUGGUGGGGCUCUGCCGCGCAACUGCGUCGUUACUUGGAGGAUUGCAGUGGAAGCGUCAGGUCUAGAGAACUACGGGCUGGAAGUGUCAGGAGGGCUGGAGCUCAGUGACGCUGACAACGAUGAGACGUGCGCCUCAUCACAGCUCCUGAUCACCGACCAGGACGACGCGGGUGACAACACGGCCAUCACGCAAACGUUGUGUGGUGUGAGGGCGGUGAGGUAUCUCACUUACCAAGACAGCGUCACAGUCGCGCUGAACGUCUCAGUGGGAGGGGCGGAGGGCCGAGGUUUCAUGCUGCGCUUCAGUCCAAUAUUCGCGUGCGGUGGUUUGCUGCGCGGGUCGCCCGGAGAAAUGGUCGACAUCGAAACUCCGCUAUUUCCGGAACCAUAUCCUCGUGACCUGUCGUGCGCGUGGGAAAUCGAGGCAGCAGUCGGCACAUCACUGACUGUGAGCUGCGAGACGUUCGAGCUUCUGUCCCGCCGACGGGGAGCUUGUAGCGACUACCUCAUGGUGGAACAGGAGGGCGAGCUGAAGUUCUUCUGUGGCCACGAGUUGUCGGGGCUGAGCAAAUCUUUCAAGAUCGCGAGCAGUGCAGCCUUGCUUUACUUCCGCUCGUCUGCGCGUCUCAAUCCCGCGCCAGGUUUUACCUGUUCCAUCGCAUUCGACUGAUCUUAUUACUUCAUUAUCAGCUUAAACUUAUUUUACUAUGACUUGGAAUUUCAACAACUUUUGACUGACCUGACUCUUUCGUUGCUACGCAAUUUAACUUAAUUUACUAUGGCAUGAAAUUUCAAUAAGUUUUGACUGAUCUAAUUCUUUCGUUGCUAAUCUUAAACCUAAUUUAGAAUGGCAUGGAUAUCUGAAUUCAAAAUUACUUUUAGAAUUACUCUAGUAGAAGUGGAUUUUUUAAUGAAAUUUGAGCAGAAACGGAACUAUAAUAAUCGACGGGCCAAAUGAUGGCCAUCAUAAGCCAAGUACAAUGCCGCUCUAUGUAUGAAUCGCAACAGAUGAAUCACGUUGAUGAUCCUAUGUAUAAGUUAUACGAUAAAUUCGUAAAACAAUUAUUUUGAUUCAUAAUUUCAAUAAAAAGCUGAUUCGAUUCGGACUGAUUCGAUUUAAGUAUUCCUUAUAAAUAAUUUAGCUAGUAAAAAUAUUCACUUGUUUCACAGCUCUUUGAGUCUAUUACAACAACAGGAAGAUGGUUAUCGUUAGAUUUUGUCAAUUUAUCGUUGUUAAUAAACAGUCAGAAAGACGCAAUUAUCCCGCUUCAACUUUUUUUGCUGUGCAAAUUCCACUUUUUUUGAAUGCAGACAUGUAGCAGUCACCUUUUAGUGUGGUUACAAAGCACGUUUUCUGUGAUGUAAAUGUAAACGGUAGAGAAUGAUUUUUUUCUUUUUUCAGUCAUAUUUUGGAAUUCGAGCUUCAAAAUCAGACUCGUAUUUUAAAUCUAAUUUCGAUUGACUUAUAUUGCAGUUCUAAUUUUGGUCAUUUCGCUCUGUCUACUCGAAUUUCAAAGAGUAAUAUCGCGUAUGCACUGUCUGAAAUGAGUUAUUUCUUAGAAUGAGAAUGAGAGAAAUGAGUUAUUUCUCUGAUAUCGAGAACAUUUAGAACUCAUGCUUGCACAAAAUUUGAAUAAGUUUGCAAUGUAUAAAUUCAGAGAUUGAUGGCAUUAGGUUAUUUUGAACGCUUUCGCAAAGGUUUGUUUGUACCAAGGUCCUAUACAUUACAAACUUUUGAUUGAUAUUUUGAUCAAAAUUGGUUCCAAUUUCAGAUCUUUGGCUUUCCGUUUUGGCAUUCCUAGUGAUUCUUAUUAUGAAAUUUUAUAGGUGGUUUAGAACUUCCUCCUAAUUAAAUAGUUUUUUAGACCAUUUGUAAACGCCAUCGCUAAACAUCUCUAGCAAUAGGAAAAGAAGAUAUUCUAAUUCCUUAGUAUUUUAUGAGAAAAUCAUGCAAAUAAAUUUCAAUAUAUUUUCAAUGGGAAUCACGAACCACCAGCUGAAUAACAUAACUUCUAAAUCGAUUGAUUGUUUCAUUAUGUUGGAAUGUAUUUCAAUGCAUUAUUUUCCUUUGCGAUAAGUUUUAUGAUAUUUCGUGAGUUUUAUGAUAUUUUAUGAUAUUAU